AUGCCUCCUAAGCUAAAAGAUCCAGGUAGUUUUUCCAUACCUUGCGUAAUCGAAAAGUUUGUCAUAGGAAAAGCUCUAUGCUAUUUAGGAGCCAGUGUUAGUUUAAUGCCUUUAUCCAUAUGUGAAAGACUCAGAUUAGGAGAAGUAAGACCGACGAGAAUGUUUAUUCAACUAGCUGACCGCUCGGUUAAAUUUCCAGUAGGUAUACUAGAGAACGUUCUUGUUCGUAUAAGUCAAUUUUACAUUCCCACCGACUUUAUAAUAAUGGACAUAAAUGAGGAUUCCAACAUCCCUAUCAUUUUAAGAAGACCCUUUUUGGCCACUGCUGGAGCUAUCAUAGAUGUGAAGAAAGGAAAGCUAACCUUUGAGGUUGGUGAUGAAAAAGUUGAACUUAUUCUAUCAUAG